AUGAGCCGCUGCUUCCUUGGACUUCUCUUGUUGUCCACUCCUGUUUGGGGCGACGACGAUGAGAAUCACAGGCGAGAGGGAGAUACAGUUGUUGGAGAAGCUACUGGAUACUCAAGCGAAGUCUCUGCUUCCUGGAAUUUGGACUUGAGUGCAGGUUAUUCUUCCGGGCCAGCGAAUAACAUUGUGAUGAAUGGGGCGGCGAUUUUGAUUUGGAAAACCCGCGACGACUGGAGUGAUGACGAGUUUAGAGUCACCUUUUCUGAUUGGAGCAACAGCAACAACAUCCUAUACGACAGUGGUACGAUAGAGAGUCGCAACUGGAACGGAAACUCGGCUUCUGCGGGAUCGCUAUCUCCCAGUGGCCUGUAUGAUGUGCGGAUCACGUGCACAAAUUCAUGGUAUGAUUGCGAAGGAUACUUUGAUUGGAAGGUUGUGGAUUGCGGAUGCCCUUCAUCCUAUCCAAUCAAGUUGGGAGACUGCUAUGUCGAUAAUAACAAUUUGUUCAAUUCUCGAGCAAAUCGGUGUAGGGACGAAACGGUGUCUUCUCACACGGUGCAAGGGGAUUGGGUGUGGCGAGUUGAAUCAGGUCCAAAUCCCACCAUUGCUGUCACAUACGGCACCUCGACCUCAGAUGGCUUUACGUCUACCACCACUCAGGCCAGAAAUUUUGGGGUUUCAAUCAGUGCUGGAAUCUCCAUUGAUGGGCUGUCGGCGGGUGCGACCAUGUCAGCGUCAGAGUCCAACACCAUCGCCAAUGGUGUCUCCUCCAUCCUCACCACAAGCCAAUCUGAGACCUUUGGGGUAUCGUGCGGCCCGGGGACUUGGUUCAUUUGGCAAUGGAGAUUUGACCAGCCUGCUGAUUCUAAUCCUGGAUUCAAUUCCUUGACCAAGAACUUUGAGUGCACCAAAAGCCAGAACACCAAGCCGAAGUGUCCGCUUGGUUUUUGCGUUGAAGGUACAGAAUGUCAGAUUUGCAAUGGUGAUUACGCUGACUUGAGUGCCUCCACAGCCGCCCCGUCAAGGGCUCCAGUCUCUACUGAAACGACGGUGGCCGCCCCACCCUCCAGUUGCUUUUCCGGAGGCACAUUGGUGGAGUUGGAAGAUGGUCAGCCGGUGGCGCUUCGAGCUGUCCCAGUUGGGGCCAAAGUCAAGGUGGACGUCGAUGUUCCCAAGUAUGAGGUCAUCUAUGGUUUUGGGCAUCACGAAGAAAGUCUCAUGGGCGACUACUUGCGCAUUGGCUGGAAGAGAAGCAGCGACUCACCAUCCUUUUUGGAGACGAGCAAUGACCACAUGCUGCUCGUUAACUCUGACAGCGCCAAGAACUCUGGAUUUCGCAUGAUUCCUGCCCACCAGGUUGAGAUUGGGGACAGGCUGAAGAUGCAAGCAGGAGAGGUCCAAGUCGAUAGCAUCUCCAAGACGCGAGCUCAAGGAUUGUACGCCCCAUUGACCUACUCUGGUACCAUCGUCGUGAAUGGUAUUCAGGCUUCUCAGUACAUUUCCGUCCAAGGCGAAGACCACUUGGUCCUGGGCGGAUUCAUCCACCUACCAUUCAACUACCAGUGGUUGACCCAUGCCCUCCUACUCCCCGUACGUUUCUUGGCUCCUCUCCUGAAGACAGACGACCCACGUCGGAUGCAGCCGUUCAUGCUGGGCUUGAUUGAUGCUGCCCAGAGUGUCCUUGCCUGGCCUACUCUCGUCUUGUUGCCCGUUACCGCUCUGUUUCUUUUUUGCAUGACUGUUGGAAGCAUUGUGGAAAGUGGCGUCUUGGCAGUCAUGGAGUACACCAACCCUGUCGUGUUGGGUUUGAUUGUUGUCAUGGCGGUCUUGAUCCGCCGCUACUAUCAGUUCAAGGUGUCCAUGGGGGUGAACAACAAGAUGAAGGCGGCAUAG